AAAGACAAAAAAAAAAAGAAAAAAAAAAGAAAAGGAAUAAAGGCAUGGAGUUGGGGGAGAUGACAUUCAACAAAGUCGGUGGAGUCAUCAAUUGGUUCCUCGACCAUAUGGUUGUCGCCACCCGCACCAUCCACCAACCCCUUAAGCUCUCCAACCUUGUCAUCAAAGUUCGAGCUGCUCGAAUACCAUUGUCCUCAGCUCAUGAAGAACUCCCAACUCGGCAACAAGAAGCAUUCUUCCAGCUCCGCAACGACAAAAUAGUCGCCCAGCUCAGCAACACCAAGCAUUCUCCUAGUUCGGCUUCCAACCACAAGCAUCCUUCUUGGGCAAUAAACCAUUUGAGUUUGGUUACCACUUUGUGAUUAUUGGGGAGACAAAUCUUAACCUUUUCAUUAUUUUACUUUGUUUUUUUAUGUUGUUUUAUUUUCUUUUGCUGUAAACCAAAUUGGAAUCUUCCACUCUUUUGAAUUUGUUCUUACAGAAUCCAAGGGAUAAGUCCCUAACUAGGCAGCUUGCCAAUAGCAAAUUAAAUCCCUCCAAUCAGC